AUGGCCUACUACUGCACAGACCGCGAUAAACUCUUCUACGCCGGUAGAAAGGCCCACGACCAGCAUUGUCAAGUGGCAGGCCACGCCUCACCAGCGUUCGAGUGCGAUAGCUGUAGUGACUGCUUCGAGGACGAGUAUGACCGUCGUCAGCACAUGAAUCUUGAACAACAAUGGCAUCGAAAUGUACCCGAGUGUCAAUUAUGUGGCGAUAGAGCUGUGACGCAGGCCGAGAUUAGGGAGCAUGAGAUUGAACGGCAUUUCCACUGCGCGGCCUGCAAUCGUCAGUUUAUGAACGCGAAUAACCUCCGGAUGGCUUCAUCGCGUGUCAGCGGUGAAAUUCCCCUUCUGCAGAGCCACCUGCAACACAGCAACAGGUCUAUCCCAUCAUAUAGAACGAGGCUCAUGUCCUCGCGUUCCCAUGGACCGCAACAAGCUCUACCGUUACAUCAAAAACCGCGAUCAUCGCAGUCUCAUCACGAACAAAGAGCUAGCAUGGUACGGCGAGAAGACGUACAUCGUCAACCCAACUGCCGCGUGGAGCCCCUGGUCCAAAGCGUUCGAGUGUUAUCUAUGCCACAAGCUGACAUGACCCUGAUUAGCUUGAAGAAGCAUUUCGAGUCACCGAGACAUCAGCAGAGUUGGUAUCAUUGUGUGAAGCGGUCUUGUGGGAAGGAGUUCAAGACGUUGGCGGCGCUGAUAAAUCACCUUGAGAGACAACACUCUCGAGACCAGCAUUGCGAGGCAACUGGGCACUUCCCACCCUGCUGGGAAUGUAACGGCUGCGGCACUUGCUUCGGUGGACGCGAUGAGCUGAGACUUCAUGAAGGAUACUCCUGCAGCUACUACCACGGAUCUCACUAUGCGAACUAUCAUCAGCAGUUCUCGGGCUCGCACAUCCCUACCCAGCAGUCGUACCCCAUGAGACAGCGUGCUCAGCACUACUACAGCGUGCCAGGAGUCGCCUGUCCCUUCUGCUCGGCGCGCUACAGUUCUGCCAGUGGCGUCGUCUACCAUCUGGAGCAAGGUGCUUGCCCUAAUGUACCUCUGAACCGUGGCACUCAACGCCAGGAUCCCAAUGGCGCUAGCUACAACAGACUUCUUGUGUGGCGGCAGAUAGUGUAUUAUCAAGCAACAGCUGGCGUCUACAACACUUACUACGGACAUUACGAGUGCUACUUCUGCGGCGCUCUAUUCAGACAGCUGUCGAGCCUGAACCAGCACCUGGCCUCCCCUCGCCACCAGCAGGAAUUCUACUACUGGCCCAUCGGAACUCCUUCGUGGUCCAACUAUCAACAUUUUGGAACGGGAUAUUAUCAGUGA